UUUCAAGAUCAAUUUUCUCCAUUAGAUUAUUUUUUAUUAAAAUCGAAAACAUUUUAUAAUGGAACAUUAAUACGUUUACCAUUACGAACAAAUUCAACAACACAAAUAUCAACACAUAUAUUAACAUUAGAUGAUAUUAAACAACAAAUCUUAAGAUAUUUUCAUUCAAAUGAAUCAUUUAUUGAAUUAUUAUUAAAUCAAACUAAUUUAAAUACAAUUGAAUUUGAUUAUACAAAAGAUUUUCAAAUAUUAACAAAAUUUUUAUCAAUUAAUAAACAUACAUUAACAACAAUUCAUGAUGCUCAAUCAACUACACAACUCAUCCAUAUGACAUUAUCUAAACAAAUUGAUGAUAUUAAUACAAGUGAUGUAUCUCGUUGGUUAUUAUCAAUUAAUAAUGAAUUUAAUGAAAUUGAUAAACGUGAUAUUCAAUUAAAACUUUUACUUCCUCUAACAACAUUUUCAACAUUAAUUGAAACAUAUAUAUCAUCAUUAAUAUCACAUAAUUAUCAAUCAAUACAAAUAACAUCAACACGAACACUUUAUUAUUGUGUAAUACCAUCUUUAAAUACAUUUUGUAAAGAUGAUAUGUGUAUACAAUUACGUCAAAUAAAAUUUCCAAAAGCAUAUGCUCUAUUUCUUAAAGAUUUAUCAAGAUUAAUCAAACCUACAACAACAUCAAACCUAUCAAUUGAUCUUAUAUGGGAAUUAAUGCCAGAUAUUGAUGAACAUCAACGUUUACUUAAUGAUACUCAAAAAUUUUCUUUACAACAACAACAACAACAAUAUCUUAAAAUUACCAAUAAUCUUAUACCAGAUAUAUGGGCAGAAAUUGGUAAACAAGAAUUGUUCUAUUCAGUUACUGAUGGUUGGGGUUAUGUUGCAAUUGAAGAUAUGAUUAUAAAUAAUGUUGAUGCAGGUCCAAUUCAAGAUGUUCUUACAUUCGUAUUUUCAGAAGCUAAUGCACCUAUUGUUAUUCUACCCUCUCAUGUAAUCAAUGGUUUAUGUAAAUAUUCUAAUAAACAUUAUUUACAAGUAAUGACACCAUUUCAUGCAUCGGAAUUAUUAUCAAAAAAUUCCUUAAUACUUCCUCGUUUAACAUAUGAACAAAAACUAUCAUUAUUAACAUAUAUUCUAUUGAAUGAUCCUGAUCCAGGUCUUGUACUUGAAUUACAAUUAUUACCAUUAGCUAAUAAUCAAUUUAUAACAUUUCAAAAGAAAUCAUCAUCGAGUAUUUAUGUUAUUGAUCAUAAUUCGAAUUUUUUAAAAUUAUUUAAUGAAAGACAAUAUGAUAAAUUCUUAAAUCCAAAUAUUGACAAGAAAUUAUUCGAUAUUUUAUCCUCACAAAAUUUUCAAGGUAGGAUUUUUACAUUUGUUAAUGCUAGAAAGAUUCUAUAUCUAUUAUGCGAGCUUUUAUUUAUUCGUCUCAUUCCAUGCUAG